AUGGCGGACGCAGACGAGGAGGUCCUCCAGAAUCCUGCAAAUGCAUCCACACAGGAAGAGGUCGAUCUGUCCGACGAGACACAGGACUUCCGGUUCCUCAACAACUUGAACAUCUAUGCAGACUCAAGUAGUCUCCCGCGUCGUGGCGAGAAAGAUUUUGAGCCAAACCCAACAGAACAUCAAACCGGCGUCCUCUCCGAAUCGCGCAAAGCUAUGCACAACGCGCUCUCAUUUCCUCGGCUCCAUGGCCCAAAGACUCAUGUCGUGGCUUUCUAUGCUCCGGAUGGAUAUACGCCUCUCGCCGAUAUUUCUCCCCCCAAAGCACCGCAACAGACAGAGAAGGGCCCCGACGAGUCAGCAGAGAAGCCCGCACGGCCGACGCCGAGGUCUGCCAACAUACAUCCCGAUGUAUGUGUCUAUGUGCCUAAUCCAAAAGGCACACUCUUCAAAUCAAUCGGUCAGAGCGACCGGUGGAAUCGCCUCUGGCUGUUGCCAGAAGAAGCUUUAUAUCUUCUCGAGAGAGGCAGUCUCGAUAUCAGAUGGCCUAGCUCGCCCGACCCUACAACCCCAGGGGAGGAAGAUCUCUCCAUACCAAUGAGCUUGCAGGCGGCCUAUACAUGCUUUGUGGGACAUGGGGGUCUGACUCUUGAACGAUACUCCGUUUAUAGUGGCCUCAAGCGUCUCGGAUACACACUCGGUCGGGCUCCCGGGUGGUGCGAUGAAGUGGAACAGAAUGACACUGAUAGUCCGGACACUAACGAAAGUGCUACACCCACGCUACGCGGAGCCGGUCUGGCGGGUAUCCUAGGAUCAUUCUUCAAUUGGCUUCAUGACCCCCAUUCCACAGCUUCUACAACAACCGGUCCUAUAAUCGGUACUGGGAUUCAUCGUCACUACAUGGAUGUAUAUCGCAAGCUUGCAUUAAUUCCAUGGUACGACCCAGUCACUGCCUCUCCUUCACAUACUUCUGAUACCACCACGCCAUUCCGAAUCGUGUUCCACGUUUGGAAACCUUCGACGCCAUACAAAAAGUCAGCACCGCCUGCCCCCGACUUCCGUCUCGCGGUUUUGAGCACCCGUGACCAAACUACCAUGCCAACAAUGUCCCAGCUUGGUGCAUUACUUGAAAGCACACCACUCGAUCCGCCUAGUGGAGAAAAGAUGGAGCGGAUGAUGUAUAUGCGAUUGCGGCAUGGCUAUCGCCACGUCAUUCUGGCUGUUGUGGACCAGGGUGUCGUGAGUUACUUGCGCGUCGCCGAUUCGGCAUUUGGAAAGGAGAAGCUAUACGAGAAUCAGGGCGGGCCCCGGGGACCCAAACGAGGUGGUCGUGGCCCUCAAAAGUCGAAACGACGCUAA